AUGGCUGCUGCUAUACAGGCCACUGCGGAGGCUCUUGGGCAACAGAUAAACAAUAAUGACAAUGGCAAAAGUGGAGCUCAGUGCCCGACGACACUGGCAACCUUCCUAAAGGUUAAUCCACCUAUGUUCAAGGGAACCACCAAUCUGACUGAAGCCGAUGCAUGGUUUCAGGCUAUGGAGCAAGCACUACAAGCGCAGUUGGUACUUCAAGAGCAGUGUGUUGAAUUUGCUACUUAUCUACUCAUUGGGGAAACAUCGCAUUGGUGGCAGGGAGCCCGAUGUCUCCUGCAGCAGGGGGAUGACCCUAUCAUCUGGGAUGCCUUCCAGGGAGCUCCGGGAGACUUCGAGGAAUGGAAGUGCAUUAAGUAUGAAGGAGGGCUCCGAAGCGAUAUCCUAAGUUUAGUGGGACCAAUGGAGAUCAGAACUUUCUCAGAGUUGGUGAAUAAGAGCAGGGUUGCUGAAGAGUGUGUGAAAAAGGCAGGUGCAUAG